UUGGUUUAAAGAAUGAAAAUAGAAAUGUUUUCUGUGUGGAAAUAAAAAAAAAGCAAGAAGAAUUGUUGUAAUGAUAAUAUGAUGACAAGAUAGUCAUUAAGAUACGUUUUUACGUUAAAUAAUAAAUAUUGACUGAUCAAGUGGAACAUUGGAACACGAGAAUGACAAGGAAGGCGGAACCUCAUAUACAAAGGAAGAUUGUUCCUGUAAUUAAGAUAGGUAUGGCGACAGGCGGGACAGUAAUGGCCCCAGGAGAUAAACUAGACGCUUCCAGGGACAAGCUGGGUAUCCAAGGUCAAGGUCUGAUGACCGUGCGGUCACAGGAUGGUUCCCUUGGCAUCAUUUCCGGGGACCACUCGCCCUCCGCCUCCCGUCCGUCCACCGCCACUUCCGGUGAACAAUCGGAGGCCAUUGGGAGCUUUUCAAUGCCGCAGGAAGCGGUAAACGUCUUAGAAACUGUGAUCGGGAUUAACAAGGCGCUUGAACAACAAAUAGACACUUUACGGAUGAGACUUACGGUGGAGUCGAAGAAUCAUGAGCAAGAAAAGUUAAAAAUAGUUAAGGUAAAAGAGAAGGAGAUCGACAAGAAAGAAGAUGAAAUAAGUGAACUCAAAGAUUCGCUUGUAAACAGGGAUGACAGAAUUUCACAUUUGGUAAGGGAGGGUAAUCAAAAAGAUGUGCAUAUAAGGGAGAAAGAACAAGAAAUAAAAGACUUAAAAGAUCUCGUGAAACAGACUGAGGAUUACGCAGAGCAGUUACAGAAAAGGGUGGACAAGUUGAAGGUGGAUAAACACAAAUUACAGUCGGAUGAGCUGUAUAAAGAACAAGAUAGUGAGAUACAAAAACUUCGGAAGGAGAUAGUGUCAAUGAAAGACAAAGUAAAUUCUGUGGAAAAGGAGCUUUCCAAAGCUAAAAACAUGGUAAAUCAGCAAAAUACAAGAAUCCAUGGACUUGAAACGGAAAAGGGUGCUAUAAGUGCGAAGUUUAAGGAGGAGGUUGAUAGAGCUAGUAGGGCAAUGCGAAGUGAGGUUGAAAGAAUGAGAGAAGUGAUGAAGCAACAAUACAUUGAAAUGAGAAAUCUCCGUGAACAAAACAAUGAAAUUUCCGGUGAUGUGAGAGAUAUCAAAGACAUCUUGUUAAAAGGUACGAUGAGGCCGGAAUUUGAUGUGAGACAAAAGACAUCAGAUAAAAUUGAUGUGAAAAAUAUUAAUUUUAGCUCACCUAGACCUAUGCAAAGAAGUCCAAACUUUGGAACCAGGGUGCCAUUAACAGCUCGUGGAGCUAUACAGCAAAAACCAAACGGCACGAUGCGUGCUUCCAUGCCUAGUAUGACAGCAGCAAAGCAGACGACAAGUACGCGCGCGCAGGGAGGACUUCCGCCAAUCAGCAAAGCAGAAGAUACCGUCGUAAAUGGUAAAUGGAUUCCGGCUGGUAGACAUUCUACUGUGAUCAAUAAGUCUUCGAAAGGGAAACGGAAGUGAAGUUUUCGUGGAUUUUUUUCUGGCAAUGGUUUUACUUUAAUUGCGAUUGACCUUGACAGUGUGCUUUAAUCAGGUGCUAGAAUGCUAUUCGAAAUGGAAACAUGUCACGUGACACUCUUUUUGCUGACCACGUGUCUGGUUAAAGCGCGAUCUUAGUUCAUACCUAGUCAUUUCCAAUGUUGCUUUGUUUUGAAUCUAUUUUCGGUUUAUCCCGAAAAUAUACGAUGUUAAAGGUUGUGAAAUGGACGCGGUAACAGAAGAACAAAAUUACAGAACUGCUGUAAUUUGAACAUUGCUUUAUGCCUGUGAUACUAUUUUGCUGACCAAGUUGUGCCAAUGUGCUAUAUUUAUGCUAAUCAGAAGUAAAUGAUUAAUUGAA